AUGUUUGAAUUUGUAGCUCUUCUUCUCCUCUUGACCUUUUCAUAUUCGCAGAGUCAGUCGUCCUCAUCCACUGAAGAAGAGUUAUGUGACUUAUAUUGUUUCUUAAGUUCAAUGACCUUCACAUUAGAUCUCAACGGGUCUGUAGUGUUUCAGGGUUUGAACUUUCCAUAUUUAGUCUUUGAUAAUUUAAAGCUCAAAGACAUUAAAGGUGAAGUGAAUGAUAUCAAUGCUCCUCAAGGAAUUAAUACAUCACUUAUUUUAUCCAAUUUACACGGCAGAGGGCCGAUUCUUAAAGAAGAAAAUGACAAGGAAAUUGGGUACUUAGAAAUUCAAUUUGUCGAUGUUGCUGUCACUUUUGAUUUAAUGUUCCACACAUACACUUUUAAACAAUUCCACUUGAUCGACUCAACAACUGCGGACUUACACAUUGACUUGAAUACUAAAGAAGCUGUUGCAGAAGCCAAGUGUACUGAUUGUAGUGUUUCUGAUCGAACCAAAAUCGCAUUAAUCAAUACGGCGCUGGGGACAUUUCUCCCUCUUUUCCAAAAAGUCUUAGACGCCAAUUUAUAUAAACUCGAUGCAUUAAUUGAGAACAAAUUGGAUACCCUCUUCGAUAAUUUAAACACAAAUUACACAGAAAAAUUCAUUAAUGGGACUCAACCCAUUGAUAUUAAGAUCAACCCAAUUGGUAAAGUCAAUUUGACUCAGAGUUCUAUAGUCGAUGUCAUCGGUUACAUCUCAAAUGAGUUACUCAUGUCAGACACAGAACUCAACAUAAACAAAUUAAUUGAGCGAUUCACACACCAAACCGGCGAGUUUGUAGUUGGGAGCAAAGAGGACACCUUCCCCUAUUUAACUCGAAACCUCAUUGAAAAUUUGCAGUUCACAAACAUCAGCAAUGGGACGGUAGAAAUAGGUAUCAACUAUUUGUCUUUAAAUGGAUUGAAUACCGUUACCUUCUUAGACUUGUUCGAACCCCUUCGUAUGAUCUUUUUUAACAAAGAGAGUCUUUGUACUCGCCAACAGAACUGUGACUACCAAGUCCGGUUAGCAUCGAAAUUGGAUCAAUUAGGUAUUCUCUUAAAGAUGAAGUUAAACGUUUCUAUCGAGAGUGAUGUAGUUACUUCUAAUGGUAAAACCCUAAAUGAAGAUUUGAAAUUUGAUGUCCAAGUUAAGAACAAUUUAUUGGAUGGACGGCUUCAAUUGUCUGUAGAAAAUGGGAAGCUAGAGACUUAUAGUAAUUCGAUGAUAGAGAACAUGACGUGUUGGGGUGCAUUGAUGCAGAAUGGGAGUGGGAUACCCAUAUUAGGUAUAAACACUAUAUUAGAGAACAUAACCAUUCACAGCUCUUCUGGGGACUUAGAGAGUGGAAUACAAGACAUCAUUAAUUCUCUCAUCCACGUCUUUAUUUUCAAUUACAAUGAUUCAUUUCCCAUGUUAGUAGAUGGUAUUAUCAACGAGUUUGCAGUGCCAGCGAUUAACACUGGAAUAGAUGAAGCUAAAGAGAAGACGUGUGAAGUGAUAGUGGAUGAACCAUUUAAAGGGUAUGAUCCGCAUGCUUCUGUAGCUUCAUUGGUAUCGGCCAUAGUGUUUGGUUCUGUUUUUAGUUUAGUAGCUAUAGUCUUCUUUGUCUACACAUGGAGGAGGGAGAAGAAAAUUCAAGCAAAAGAAAUGCAUCUGAGAACUCCCGAAAUAGCACAACCAAACUCUCAACAGAACUCUGAACACGCGUCUUGUAAGAACUCAAAUGACAAUUCAAAUGACACGGAAGAUCUAUUAGAGAAAGCAAGUAGUGAGAAGGUCGGUGUAAUUCGAAGAGUGACACAUCGAGUCACAUGGAUAUGUAAACAGUUUUUAAGAACAGAUGAUGGGGGCGCCUCGCUAUUUUUAGACAGUCGAAUUACCAUCUUCUUGCGCGUUAUAGUUCCCCUUCUUAUAUUUAUUAAUAUGUCCAUUUUCAUCAUUUCAAACACGGGAACAGGCGCUACUGUAUUUGGCUAUUUAGUCCUUGGAAACACAAACGAAAUGAGUUUUGAAAUGUCCGAGUUUGGAUUAGUCGAUACAGUCACAGACAUGUGGACUGCAAAGGUCUAUGCUCUCAGUUCUUUAAUUCUGAUCUUUUCUGGGAUAUGGCCGUAUACCAAAUUAGUUAUGAUGUUAGUCUGUUGGUUGAUGCCAAGCACUUUAUUGACUCCCAAAUAUCGAGGUAAGAUCCUUAGUGUCUUAGAUGCAUUAGGGAAAUGGUCUUUCCUUGACUCAUACGUUAUGACUCUCAUGACUAUGGCAUUCUUCUUCGACUUAAAACUCCCCCUCCAUCACCCGGAGAACGUCCACUCAAACGUCGCAAUUGAUUUGUAUGUGAAUCCCGAGUUAGGGUUUACUACACUGAUGUUAGGGACUUUGAUGUCGUUGUUCUUGUCACAUUUUAUGGUCUUUUUACACAACUACAUACUCUCAAAUCCAUCAGAUAAUAUCGGUGCCGAUGCCAAAAUCUACAAGUCACUCUUUUCAACUCGUCGCAACUUCUUGAUCAAAUAUGGAUUAAUUGUGUUGAUCCUAAUAGCAAUGUUCUUAGUAAUUCUUGGGAUGUUCCUCGAGUCCUUCUCAUUCAACUUUUUAGGCUUAGCUGGCUGGGCCUUUGAUAUUUUGAAUUUCGAGCACACUCGUAACUUCUCUGUGAUGGAUCUUGGCGUCAACUUCCCUGCUGCCACUCGAGAGCCAAAGAGUUUUGUUGUUCUCUUUAUCCAAGUGACUUAUUUCAUAACAAUAGUUACACUUCCCAUGGUCCAUAUGAUCUGUAUGUUAGUCUUGUGGUUAGUCCCAAUGACUCGUCGAAUACAAAAUAUGAUGUUUACGGUGUGUGAGAUAUUAUAUGCGUGGUCUUGUAUUGAUGUCUUUAUUAUAUCAGUCAUAGCCGCUGUUUUAGAAUUAUCACAAUUCGCAGCCUUCAUGGUCGAACCAUUUUGUGAUGUUCCAUUAGGUGGAAGUGGGAUGUCUGUCGACUCUAUAAUAGCCAAAUACUUCUCCACUGAAGAAUUUAUUAAAGACGGUCAUGAGACUUGCUUCGAAGUAAAGACUGAACUAACAAGUGGCUGUUGGUGCUUAUUCGCUGGUGUAAUUUUCUACACUAUUUCUUCAGUAUUACUCGUCAAAUUCGCUAGAAAAACUUUAGCUGAUCGACUUCCCACACAAGAAGAAAUCUCGGAAUUCGAAGAAACUCAAAUGAAGAAGAAUCAAGACAAAUGGCCGCUUCUCUAUGGUGUUUCUUCUAACUGA